AUGAGGUUUCUUUCAUUCUGUGCCGGUUUGCUCGGCAGCGUUGUCUUCGUAUCUUCCUUUCCAACAGCGGCGAAUGUUGCCAAUCUGGCCAGGAGUGAGGGGCUUGAGGUCCCGGAGGACUUGAACCUCGAGGAUAUCAUCCGCCAAGUGAAGAGUCGGCAGGAGAGACGCCUCCUGGUCAACCCUCUCGAUACUCCCGUUGAAGCCGACGGCGACCACGAAUGGCAAGCUCCAGACUUUGCAAGUGGCGCACAAAGAGGACCGUGUCCGGGCCUUAACGCACUCGCCAACCAUGGCUACAUCAACCGCAAUGGUGUUGCAGGACUGUUGUCAUCCAUCGGCCCAAUUAAUGAGGUUUUUGGCAUGGAAACGGCACUCGCAACCAUUUUGUCUGUGAUGGGCACUGUGCACUCGGGAGACCCCCUGUCCUUGACGCCAGGCUUCUCCCUGGAUGGGUACCACCCCCGUGUGAGAAACAUUCUCGGAAAUCUCCUCGGGCUGCUCGGUGAGCCGAGAGGUAUCGGCAAGGCACACAACUGGUUAGAAGCCGAUGCUUCGCUGACCAGAGACGAUCUAUAUGUCACCGGGGAUGCGUCCACGAUGAAUUUCUCGAAAUUUCUUGCUUUGUUCAACAGGGCUGACCAAAAUGGUGUUAUCUCGGAGGACGCCUUCCUAGAUCAUUCGAUUGACGGUCUUCAUGAAUGUAUUGCAACGAACCCGUAUUGUUGGUAUGGCCCAUACACGGGUAUGAUAGCCCGAAAUGCAGGAAUGGCUUUCGCCAUACGCCUGAUGAGCAACCACUCAACGGAGCAUCCACGAGGGAUCAUGACGCAAAACGUCCUCAAGUCGUUCUGGGGCGUGGUCGACGGAGGCAAUGGAUCUUUGGAGUACAAGAGAGGAUACGAACGCAUCCCGUCCAACUGGUACAAGACGCCUGUCGACUACGGCUUAGUGCAGCUGAACCUAGAUCUGGUCAGUUGGAUUAGGAAGUAUCCAGAGCUGGCUUCCAUUGGCGGAAAUACUGGCUCAGUGAAUUCGUUCACAGUGCUGAACCUGACGGACCUGUCUGGAGGCCUCAUGAACGUUCCGACGUUGUUAGAGGACAACAAUCUGCUAUGCUUCGUUCUGCAGAUUGUGACGACUUUCGCUCCCGACUCCUUGUCAGGUCUGUUCAGUGUAAUCGCAAAGCCUGUGCAGCUGCUGACCGAGACACUGGGUGCGGAUCUCCUUGAUUUGUCAUGCCCGCCGAUGCAAGACCUGUCGAACAACGAGAAGCCAGCAUGGGACUCGCUGAUCAGCUCCUUCGCCGGACCACUACGCGCGGGGUCUGCUCUGUGA